GAAAACGUUAUAAUAUUGCAGAUGUGUCUGCUGCCCUGUGUAUGAGUCUUGGAUUAAUAUGGUUUACUUUAGCUGACAGCACAGUUGCUCCAAACUUCAACUUCACAGGUGUGGUCCUAAUAUCCCUUGCCCUCUGCGCAGAUGCAGUUAUAGGAAAUGUACAGGAAAAAGCUAUGAAGUUGCACAAUGGUUCUAAUUCAGAAAUGGUUUUGUAUUCCUAUUCAAUAGGUUUUGUGUAUAUUUUAUUUGGAUUAACAUGCACUAGUGGAUUAAGCCCUGCAGUAACAUUUUGCUCAAAGCAUCCAGUUCAGACUUACGGUUAUGCAUUCCUUUUCUCCCUGACUGGGUAUUUUGGCAUAUCCUUUGUUCUGGCAUUGAUUAAAAUCUUUGGUGCCCUUCUGGCUGUAACAGUAACAACAGGAAGAAAAGCAAUGACCAUUGUGCUUUCUUUUCUGUUCUUUGCAAAGCCAUUCACAUUCCAGUACGUGUGGUCAGGCUUACUGGUUGUCCUUGGUAUAUUUCUUAAUGUUUACAGUAAGAAUAUGGAUAAAGUCAAACUGCCUUCACUGCAUGGUCUUUGGAAAAAAAGUGUGGAAGAACGAAAAACAAGGACGUUGUCACAAACUGUAUAGACAGUGGUUUAUGCCUUGUCUAGACUAUGACUUACUAUUUUUAUUUUAUUGGAACAGUCUCCAACUGAUUCACUUUCCAAAGGGAACAUUAUUAAAACCAAAGGAGCUGAAGGCGUGUUGUCUGCUUGCAGAUUGCUAGAAAUGCACAUUUUUGUGAGCCCUUUCUUCAGAGCACUUGAAUUCAUCGUAAAAGGCGUUGUAGGCCAUUGUCAGAUGGCAUUAUCAGGCAAUGAAGGACAGCAGCUCCUGGCAGGCUGCUGAGAAGCUGCACUCCAAGUGGGACACAGUAGAAGACUAAUUUGGGCAUUUUAAUAAUAUUGGCCACGUGGCUGAACUGAGAUUAGUGGUUCUUUGUUAAUUGUCUAGGCGGGGUAAUUUAAGUGUAAUACUGUAUUAACAUUUAAUGGAACCUAAUCAGCAACUGGUUGACCAAAUUGCGAUUUUUAAAGGUGGAAGGUUUAGAAUAUGGUAUGUUGUUACUCUUUUUCAUUUUAAAUAAAAAUGUUGGGUUUUUUUAA